CCCUGCGUUUCUCUCUUUCACUUCCUCCAUCUCAAAAAUGCAACGCCAUCUCUCUUCGCCUUCCAGAACGGCUGACUAACAUCAUCAUUCUAGUGCAAGUGCGUGUGCAUCAUGUGCAUGCCCUUCACUACGUUAUUAUGGCACCACAAUUCUUCAUCACUUCUUUAACCAUCUUCUUUUUCUCUAUUCUCGUCAAAUUUUCCUCUUCUAUUUCAGAUAUAGAUUCUCUCCUCCUAUUGAAAACCUCUUUCCAAAACACCGUUGCGUUAUCUUCAUGGAACACGUCCAUCCCUCCAUGUGAUGGUGAUCAUGCUAAUUGGUCGGGUGUUCUUUGCUAUAGAGGACAUAUUUGGGGGUUCAAACUCGAAAACAUGAACCUUAAAGGCACCAUCGACGUCAAUGCAAUCAAGGAUUUACCUUAUAUCAGAACCAUUAGUUUCAUGCACAACCAAUUCGAUUCACCCUGGCCCAACCUCAACAAACUCACUGGUCUCAAGACCAUUUUCCUUUCUGAUAAUAAAUUCUCUGGCGACGUUCCGGAUGACGCGUUUAAGGGGAUGCAAUGGUUGAAGAAAAUUCAUCUCUCUAACAAUCAGCUCACUGGUCCUAUUCCAUCUUCCCUUGCUUCGUUGCCAAGGCUCAUGUCCUUGAAGUUGGAUGGAAAUAAAUUCAGUGGUCCUAUUCCUCAAUUUCAACGCACUAUUAAAUCAUUCAGUGUAGCAAAUAAUCAAUUAGAGGGUCAAAUACCUGCCACCCUUAGCAAGAUUCCAGCUUCAUCUUUUUCUGGUAAUGAAAAGCUGUGCGGAGCCCCUUUAGGACCAUGUUCAUCCCAAAAGAAAUCAUUAUCACCGCCAUCAUCAUCAUCGUCGUCAUCAUCGUCAUCAUCAAUAGAUGCGCACGGUAUUUGGUUUGUGGUUCUUGCUAGUCUUGCACUGCUUGUGAUUGCGGCAGUAAUAUUAUUUUUCAUUAUUAGAAGGAAAAAAAAAAGUGAACAGGGAGCAUUAGAAGAAGGAGGAGGAGUUGGUCUAAUUGGCACCAGCAACAGAACUGUGGAAAGUAGUAGUACUCAAAAGAGAGGACCAUCAUCGUCGAAUAAUGAUAAUUCAGAUGAUCCAGGAGGUUCAAGAAAGUCACGCGGAAGCAGCAACAACAGUAGCAGAAGAGAAGAAAUGAAGUUAUCUUUUGUUAGGGAAGAAGCAUCAGAACAAUUUGAUUUACAAGAUCUUUUGAGAGCCUCUGCUGAGAUAUUAGGAAGUAGUUGUCACAGUUCAUCUUACAAGGCUGUUCUGUUGAGCGGCUCCACCGUUGUCGUCAAAAGAUUCAAACAGAUGAACAAUGUCGGUAGGGAAGAGUUUAAAGAACACAUGAGAAGAUUAGGAAGGUUGAAUCAUCCUAAUCUCAUUCCUCUCUUAGCUUACUACUACAAAAGAGAUGAAAAACUCUUCAUUACCCCAUCCAUUCCCAAUGGCAGCUUAGCCGUCCGUCUUCACGGAUAUAAAGCCAUAGGACAAGUAAGCCUUGAUUGGCCGAAAAGGUUGAAGAUUGUGAAAGGUGUAGCACAAGGUAUUGCAUAUCUGUACCAAGAGUUGCCAAACUUGAUUGCGCCUCACGGUAAUCUUAAAUCUUCCAAUGUUCUAUUGGGCGAAUCGAUGGAGCCUAUUAUAACUGACUAUGGAUCAGUACCUGUGACAAACCAAGAUAUUGCUCAUGAGAUAAUGGUUGCGUACAAGUCACCCGAGUAUUUGCAGCACGGGCGGAUCACUAAGAAGACUGAUGUGUGGAGUCUUGGUUUACUCAUUUUGGAAAUUCUAACUGGAAAAUUCCCUGCUAAUUUUGUACAACAAAGCGAGUUGAGUUUGGCGAAUUGGGUUGAUUCAAUUGCGCAAGAAGAGUGGACUAGUCAAGUUUUUGAUAAAGAUAUGGAGUUUAGUAGAAAUAGUGAGGGAGAGAUAUAUAAGCUUUUGAACAUUGCAUUGGCUUGUUGUGAUAUUGAUGUUGAUAAGAGAUUGGAUUUACAAGAAGCUGUUGAUAGAAUUCAAGAGGUACAAAUACAAGAGGAUAAUAAUGAGGAGGAUCUGUAGCGAAUGAGUCUCCGAAAUCAAGAUUUGUCGUGUUUCUUGGGAAGGAAGAAAUCAGAUUUUCUUCAUGAAUGGUUGAAUGAGGGUUGCGAUAAACAUUUGUUGGAUUAUAUGAUAUGAUCUCCCUUAAAAAAAACACAUGCAAUGCCAUGGCAGGAUUGAAUGAAUGAUGGAAAGCAAUGGUGUUCAUAUGCAUGCAUGGUUGUAUCUCUGUUACAUAACUGGGUUUCAAUGUUUGAAUUUUCAAUCUGUUGAUUGAUUUUUUUCCAGUGUAAUAAUGAGGUGAGAUUAAAGGAGAAUGUAUUA